AUGGAGGUUCUGGUGUUGCCUGAUUCUGAACUGGACCCUUCAGAUGUACCACCACACACAGAUCUGAUUGGGACCCAGGCUGAUGUGGUGGAUGGUGCUGAUGAUGUUCUUGAGCUGCUAAAGUCUCCAGCAGUUCAUGAGAACAUGGGAGAAGAGGCAUCAUUAGCCCCACAGCAGCUGCAGCCCACUGGGACUCCACACACAGAUCUGAUUGGGACCCAGGCUGAUGUGGUGGAUGGUGCUGAUGAUGUCCUUGAGCUGCUAAAGUCUCCAGCAGUUCAUGAGAACAUGGGAGAAGAGGCAUCAUUAGCCCCACAGCAGCUGCAGCCCACUGGAACUGAAAUGAUCACAGAGACAGAGGGCCAAGAGAAAUGCGAGGAACGUUCUCAGCAGGCUGGUGGAGACAUUGUGGAAAACAAUGUUUGCAAAGACCUUGCAGUUGCUGAGAGCAUCACACCUGAGGUGGAGGAGGUAGCAGAGGCCACACUGAUGUCAUCAGAUGUUCUGCUGUUAACAUCAACCACACAGCCACACACAGAUCUGAUUGGGACCCAGGCUGAUGUGCUGGAUGGCGCUGAUGUCCUUGAGCUGCUAAAGUCUCCAGCAGUUCAUGAGAACAUGGGAGAAGAGGCAUCAUUAGCCCCACAGCAGCUGCAGCCCACUGGAACUAGCAAUAAAAUGAGUGUGGAGACGAAAGCUCAUGAGCUGAAAGUGGAUUCCAGUCAGACCUCACAGCCAUCUCCUAACCAUCAGCAAGUUGAGGUGCAAAACCUGGUGCACUCUGUGGUCAAGGAAUUGUGGGAGAUGCACGACCUUGGAGGAGAAGGUCCAAGGGUUCUAUCUGGAGAGCACAAGCCAGUUCCAUCUGAACUUUUUAUACAAAGUUUAACCUGCGCUCAACAUCUCACGAUGACCACCAGGCGCAAUUACUGCAAGCAUAUCUAUGAACUGUGCUGGGAGAUGCUUUUGGAUAUCUUUCCCGACGAUUCAAAACCCGCUUGGUGCAGGCCAAAACCUAAGUUUGAUAUGAGCAAGAUAAAAUCCUUGCGUGAUGUUCAGGACUACGUAACCAGAAAGGUCUUCAGACUGUGUGGAAUGCCAACUCCAAAACACAUGGAAAAGACACAGUUUCAUAUUGAAAACGAAAUUACGAAGUCUAUAACCUUAUAUUGGUAA